AUGUCAGAAGUUCAAUACUUGUCCAAAAGGGUAGACGCCUUGACGGCGUAUGUCGAGAAGCAGGCCAAGAUGAUUGGCAAAACAGGAGAACAAUUGGUUUCCAUGCAAGUUAAAAAUGUAAAGGAAGUGAUGGGCGGCGGUGGAUCGAAAAUUGACAUGGAAGAUUAUAUCACCAAUGACGACAUUGUGCAACUUGUGGGCGAACUCCAGGGUCAAUUGGAUGCUUUGGAAGAAAGAACUACACGGAGAAUGUUCAAUUGUCAUUUAUCGGUUGAAAAUGAUGAUGGACUAAUUGCACCCAUCACCAACCAGGACGGUGAAACUCCACUGGAAUUGCUCCCUAAGACUGUAGGAGAGUUCAAGAGCCUCGACAAGAAGAGUAUUGUUCAAUUGUGUCACUUCUAUGAAAUUAUCAAGGAAGUUUUACCUGAAAACUUUCAACCUGGAAACGAAAGUAAUGGUGAAAGUGAAGAAGAAUUCUGGAAAAGAAUGGAAAAUCUCAGCGUAAAAGAAGUCGAUGAGUACCAUGACGAACUAGCAAAGUAUUUGGGCCUUCGAGUCCGCAAAUGCGGAGGAUGGUAG